CCAUGUACCACUGAUACUAAUGGUGUUUACGUGGUUUACCUUCUUGUUUUUCCAUUUUCUCCGCAAAAAUAACCAACUAAUCCCCCCUCGUGAGUGUACAAGGUGACCCGGAGUGUGUGAAGCGUGCGUGCGUGAUGAGUGAGAAGGACGAGGUGGAUCGUGUGGUGGCUGAAAAGCAUUCCAAUGCAACAAAUGGGGGCGUAGUCGCACCUGAACAUCAUCCACAACAGGAAAUAGCCCAAAGCCCCCCAACCAGAAGUACCGAAGAUGCCAAUGAUGGUGCCACGAGAGCCACCAGUAAGAGCCAAUGGGUGAAAUUCGAUGAUCCCGACGAUGCAGACAGGAAAUCUGAUGAAAACACGACUCCUCACCCACUGGCUGCACCACGACCAGCUGCUGUUCUUACAACUGAAACCGUCCAUGUUAAUGUGAGUACAAGUUCAUCGCCAACACGAGCUUCUGGCCAGGAAAGGAAUCAUCAGACAGCUAAACUUCCCUCUGUGGCUGUUAUUGAGGUGCCAUCCUCGAGAACGACAACGGAUGCAAAUUCCGGCAUGAGAACAAUUGAAUUGUCCACUGGCAGGGUACGCGAGGGUUUUGCCAAUGGAGACAUUAUUGUGACGCUCCUUCCGGUCAAUACAAAAUGGCCCUGGGUCACACCGGCAAUCUUCCGGCCUGAACUUGUGCCCGAAGAACUCAUGGCGCAGGGUCUGACGCUCACUGUUGAGGAGUACGUGCACGCCAUGGAGACCCUCGUGAAUGACUAUCGUUUCACAUUCUACAACAUCUGCUACAAGCGCGUGCUCGUGUGUUGGAUUGUCUUUGCCUUUGCCGUCCUCCUGGGGCUUCUCUUUUCCGGUCUCACGGGUAUUACGUUGUUCGUUCUGGGUGUGGCGUGGCUCUUCCUCAAUGCAGCUGCCAUCUUCCUGUGUAUGUGGAUUAAAUUGCGGCUAUCGCGUGGCCUCGAAAAGUGCCUAGCGCUCGUCAAUAAGCAACUACUACGUCACAAAAUCCUCCUGGCACUCGAUGAUCGCGGGAAAAUCUCCUGCCACAAGGUGAAUUUGUGCUUCCUGUACUUUGACUCCAGUCAGUGUGUCACCUACCUCAAUGACUUCAUUGCACGCAAUGAGCAAAGUGGGAAUGCCGUACCACCUGGGUGGGAGUCCCGAAUGGAUCUGGGAGCUUCGGACAUUGUCAUUCAAGGCAGUACAACUACACGCGUCUCCCGGAAGCAGACUGUUGGUGAGGAGCUUUUCUUGAGAUACCUGCAGCGCUGGGGCAAGGACUUUCUUCGUCGUCGCCUCGAUUGGAUUCUGGAGGAGAAUGGACUCAAUGGGAGUCCACGGCACCUCCAGGUGGCCAUCUGUCCGUGCCAGUAUGCCGAGGAGGUGGUUCUCAAUAAACCACGUCGAGAUCCACGGCAAUGUUGCGCCUGCAUCACCAAUUGGUUCACCACACGUGGUCUCAACUGUUGCUGAAUCAACAAAAAAACAACGAAUCUCUGUGUCUCUUGGAGAUCAUCGUCUCGCCUUAAAUGUCUCUAACUCCCCUGGGUGAUGGUCGCAUUAAUUUCGAUUUUACUUAACAACAAAAACAAUUCUAAUUUCUCACACAUUCUUCACCCUCUUCACCGUCUUCGUAACUUGCAAAUCUCACGUUAACAAAAUUCUCUCUUCUUGUUGAUUAUAUUUUGUCUUUGUGGAUUUAUGUUUAUUUGUUAUGUUUUGUGUGUUGUCUACACAUUUUUUUGUUUGUUAUCUCUUUUCUUUUUAUUUCUCUUUUGAUCUGUUUAUCAUUGCGUGAAACUUUUGCGCCAUUUGGACAGAGAUUAGAGGGUACACCAUCCAUACACAGACACAUUAGAAAGCAAAUCGUGUGCGAGCAAUUAACCGGGAUUAGCAUUGAGUAAGCUUGAAGAAGAUGAAAAUAUCAGUCACGAGAUGAAAUUGAAAGAGAAGCGAUAAUUUUGAUAUUUUCGUUGCUUCUUUACCAAUGAAAGAGGUGCUAUAUAUGUGAUGAAGUAGCUAAUAGAUUUUAUUAUCCGUGAAAUUACCAAGUGGUAGACGAAAGAAUUUUUCACAAGCAGUUAGCGUGACAAUUUGAUAAUUUCGUGGGGAAUAAUAAUAAUGAUUAUUUUGCACCCAAAAGUUCCAUUUUUGGCACAUUUCCAUUUUUGUAUGACACACAUCAUACAAAAAGUUGAAUCUUCUUUAGUAUUUGGAAAGUAAGAAAUCUACAAACAGACCUACCCUUCACUACGAUGAGUUAGAAAAAUCCGAGAAAGAUUUGCCCAAAAAUGCAGCAAAUGACGUCACAAUUGUGUUUUAUUUAUCUUUUCGAAUUUAUGAAACAUUAUCGUAAAUGUUUCAUCGAUGGGUUUUGAAUCCAGAACGUUGUUCUCAAUCGAACAAAUAAUGGAUGGAAGGAUGAAAAAAAAAUUAAAUUAAUUACCUAUUAAGUAAAAAAAAUAAAGAAAAAUCACAAAUAACAGGAGCGUUAGCUUAGAGGGUGUUUGGAUGCCCAAACACACCCUAAAAGUUAAGAAACUCCCGGUUUUCUUUGAAAGAUCAAAUAAAAUUAUUUUCAUGCUAUAAAAACAUUAAGAAUCAUUUAAAGAAAGACUUUUAAACGAAAAAAAAAUAUCAACUGUUUGAGAAGAAACGUCAAAGUUAGAAGAACGACAAAAAAAAAUAAACACCAAACGUUAGAAGAGAAGUGUCGAACACUAGAUAAACAGUGUUAAAUGUUAAAAAAGAAGUAUCAAACGUCUAAAGAUGAAAUCAAAAAUUUAGGAAAAAUAUCAAUCGUUUGAAAAUAAACGUCAAGUGUUAAUCAUUAAAAUUUAAUGUUACAAACGCCGUCAGUAUGGUUUAGUUUACUGCGAUCUAAAGUCAUUUUUUAAUCCAUUUUCUUUUUAAUUUAAUUUUUUUUUUUCAAAUCUAAAAAUAUCCCCCUAAAUAGAUUUCUUGUUAAGAAAAAAUAAUACAAGCUUAGAAAAAAAUCAAAAUGGCGGUUUCUUUGCACGGAAAACUGCGUGAUUGCUUAAUAAAUUAGAAUGAAAUCUUAAGGAACUUGCUGGAAAUCUUUCUUAAGCAAAACUAUUUCAUUCAGUAGUUCUGGUUAUGCCGUUCUAUGGUAGCUAAGGGAAUCUAGGAAAACUAGGUCUUUUUUUCAAGCUAACCUGCUCUUACAGUUAGAUCUAUCACCAACAGUAUUGAUGAUUUUAAAUCAUGAAAAGAAAGUAUUAAAAAUCUACUAGGAAUUAGUAAAAGAUUUUUUUUUUCAAAAAUAAUUUUUAAAAAAAUGUCGAAAGCUUUGGAACAAAAAUCAUAAAACUAUUUUGCUCUGUCCAUUUGGCGUGCGUGCGUGAUUGUAGAGGAUGAAUUGUUUGUUGCAACAAGAAAGCAUUAGGCUUGCGUUUUGUAUGUUUCUUCACGCUUCUAAUCGUCUUCGUGGUGUUGCAGGAGAGAGCCACACUGCUCUACCUGAGGUACGCCUCCAGGUGGGGCAAUGAAGCCGUGCGGGGCCACAUUGAUGUAUCCAUGGUGGAACCUGCUAGGCACUGCGCCACAUGGCAGUGCCCGUGCCAGUACAUUGAGCAACAUCUUUCCUGCAAGCCACGAGGCAAGUUUAAAUUUUUCAGUAUUCUCUACUGGGUUCUGGCCUCUGAACGCUAUGACUGAAUUCUCUUCUACUACAAUCCCUAUUAUUCCUUUUAUUUGUUAUACUUAUUAUUUUCUCCUUUCCUUACUUUUCCCUUCUACUUUCCAUAUAAAAAAAUUUUUUUUUUUUAAAUGUACAAAUUGUGUUAAUUUUGUUCAAAAAAACAAUCAAAUUGUAUUUUCUUUUUGGUAUGUUCAACACGCCAAAAUAAUGGCUCCUAAUUCCUCUGCACACGACCGUUUAUUUUUGACUUUCCAUCGCCUGUGUGUGACUCAACAAUAUGCGAUAAAUACCUAACUCUGUGUAAUCUCUCAACUAAUUUCCAUACAAUAAUUUUUUGUAAAAAAAAAUAAUCGCAUUUUUGUGUUCUUUUUAUUCCACAUACAUAAUAACACUUCAUUCAUUUACCAUCAUUUUCUUUGUCUUUUUAUUAAAACUAAAAAUUAAAUAACAAAAAUUAUUUGAAAAUUUAUAAUAAAAUUAUAUUAACGUGAAAUUACUUUAAAACAACAAAAAAUUAAAACUAAUCAGGAGAUAAUAGAUCAUGUUGGUUGACGAUCUGCUAUGAUGUUAAUAGCAGAGAAAGAAGAAUAGUUGCAUAAGAGCCGAAGGUAAUUUAAUACGUAAAAAAAAAGUAUAAAAUUAUAUAUAUUCAUGUAAAUAAAUAUUGCGAAAAAUAUUCCCCUAAAAGACCUUAAAAUGGACCAAAAUAAGUACUUAUAGUUGUCUUACAAAAGACCUUUGUUGAUUAAUGAGAAAAAAAAAGAAAGAAAACUCUUGCUCAAAAAUCUCCUUAAAACUUUUUUUUUUUUUUUAAUUUCUAUAUAAAAUAUUAACUGAACGUACUUAAUAAAUUUAAAGGAAAAAUUGUGAAACUUUUAAAGGGCCUAAGGACCUUAAUUAUAUGGGAUUUUUCUUAAAAAGAAAUACUAUAAUGCAAUAUUUUAGAUCUGGUUGUGAAGUGUCUAAACUUAAAAAUGGAAGAAAUGGUAUUAAAAACAUCACAUUCCGUCCAAGAAAAAGAUUCGAUUUUUUUUUAAUAUUCCGAUACGAAUCUCAGAGAGACGAAAAAUCUUUUUUCUUGCUCACAUUCUGUACAAGAACUUUGUUGUAAAAUAAAAAGUUAUUAUUCUAUAUAUAUUUUACAAAAUAAAAUUGCAAUACUUUAUCAAAAUGGAAAAACAUUAAUUUUCAAUUUAUCUGCAUAAAGUCGCCAAAAAUUUUCACAAAAUAAGGAUGGAAAAGCUCAAAAGGCUCAAAGGUAAGGAAACUUUGUAAAUUAUUUCUUCUUAUUUUUUUCAUAUUUUAUUAUUCUUCUUUUAUGUGUAGAUUUAUUAACAUUUUUAUUUAUGUUUGUUCUGUUUGUUAAAGUAGAGAAAAUUCAAAGUUACCAUCUAGUGGAGGAGAAAAUUAACAAAAUACUAAAAAUUAUCUUAGAAAAUUGUUUUAUCUUUUUUUUGUGAUUUUUUUAUGUUCUUUCAUUAUUAAAUUAAUUCUUCUUUUUAUAUUUUUUUAAACUGUCUUUAUGUAAGUUUUCAUUAGAAAAGAGGAUUUCCUUCAUUCUUCAAGGACUCUAAACGAAUUUUAAAUGAAUGUGUUCCCUAGAAAAAUUAUUCUUUCUAUCGGAUUUGCUCCUAGAAUUUAAGUUAUUUUCACUUUUUUUUGCAAGGAUCCUUAUAGUUUUUAAGGACUUUCAAUUACCCUUAAAAAUAGUUUUUAAACCUCGAAUAACUCUUAAAAUGUUUGAGAAAUCACUUUAAGAAUUAAUUAUUAAUUAAAAUUUUAUUCAAAUAAAAUAAAUCAAAAGCUGGAAAAAUUUAAUUUAUAAAAUAAAAAAUUGAAAAGAGCGAUUAAAGUCCUAAAUCCCUAAUUCUUAAGGAAUAUUUUAAGAGCCGAAAGGAUGAAGAGAAUUUACAAAAAAAAAUGAAAACUCAGAAUAAGAGUCAGCUUUUAAUUUAAUUCUGAUUCCUUUAUUAGAAUUCUCCCUUUAUUUGGAUCAUUAGGAUAAUGCAUGGGGGCCUCAUUCAAAAGAUCCUCGGUUCGAAUGAAGCUCUAGUUUUUUUUUACAAAAAAAAAUCUUUUUCAAUAUAAAAAUAAAUUAUUUUAUUUCUUAAUAUUUUUUUUACAUAAAACUGAAUAUUUUUCAUAAAUAUUUAUGGAAAACUUAUUCAAAAAAUCAGGAAAAUCUUUUAAUACGAAUUUUCUCAACUUUUUUCAUAUAUUUUAAAAGGCUUUUAGAAGCUUUUAAGCCCCCAAUUUCCUUGAGUUGUGAUUUUUAAUGCAUCUCUUAUAAUUUUUCAGCCUUUCCGUGCUCCUGGUGUGCAUCGAUGAGUGAUCCGCGUGAUCCCACAUUGUAUUAUGCCUAAUUUUGUAUUCCCUAUUGCCGUCCACAAAUGUCCACACAUUCCUGCACUCCGGAAUUGGCUUCCGGAAGCUUAUUAAAUUAUUCAACUACAUGGUGAUUUGUUAGUAUUAUUAUACAAUAAAAUACAUUCCCGGAUUA